AUGCCAGGCUCACCGGUGAUGUCAGGUUACUAUGGUGUCAGGAGAUCCCUCCUAACGGACUCGGACUUCCACAACAGUAAACAGUUCGCAAACGAUGCCUGCACCCGAACUGUGGUGAAGAACUUUGCCUGCGAGUCCUCGGCAGGGCAGGGCCACCCGGCCCACGUGGACUCCUACUUCCCGGAGCUCUACGGGGACCACCGCCCCACGGCCCUGACCCCCAACAGCGGCUCCCUAAUCAGCGCCUCAGUCCUGCCACAGCUCCUGCCGCUGCCCUUCCCCAGCGAGUCCGCACACUUCGUGCUGAGGGACUCGUGGGAGCAGACGGUGCCCGAAGGCCUCAGCCAGCCAGACCCCGUGCCGGCCGAUGCCGUGCAGAGCUUGGCGCCCAGCACAGGCUGCCUCUCCCAGCUAGAGUCGGGGAGCACUGCCCAGCACAGGAGCUCCAGUUGGGCGGCCCCCCUAGCGGGGGUUCAGUCCUAUUCUCUGCACACACUGGAGGAUCUGUACCACAUGCAGGGGUACCCAACCCCAUCCCCCUACCCCUUCACCUCUUUCAUGACAAUGUCCAAUGACCCACCACCCAAGGUGGGGCCCUUCUCCCCAGACGAGGGGGCAGACACCUCUGUCCUCCAGGACCCUUCUCUGUGGAACAAAGAAGAUGGGAGCCUGGCAUGGGGGGCAUAUGAGUGCCGCCAAGCUUACUGA